UUAUUUCAUCGUCAAAUGGUCCUUGUUUUGCAAUAGCAUAGCAGUGGUAUUUGAUUUUUCAAGUUUCAAACGAUAUCUGAAUUAUUAUUGUCAUAUGUAUUUGAAUCCAAUAUGGAUCGGUUCUUCUUGUUGUCUCUGACACAUCGUAUGUAAACUGUGACACCUGUCAGUUUCUCUCUCACACACAGCAUCAUUACACAUAGUGUCUUGUAUCAACCGCCGUUAACAAACAAGAUUUACAAGAUAUCUUGAUCUGUACAACUUAGAUGCCAAAUUAACCUAAAAAACAACAAAAGACCACCCCAUUCAUAUGGCAGCUACUGCCUCUUCACAGUCAAACAACCACCCUCAGAAGAAGAAACCCACAGCCAUCAUUAGGUUCAGACGCCGCCGUAUCAAAGAAACCACCAUUUCCACCUCCGCGACUUCUAAUACAACCACCACUCACCACCAUCACCCAUCUGCUGUUUCCCCUGAAAACACCUCCUGGUGCUGCCCUCCCGCUGUCUCUUCCUACAAGCCCCCGCCUCCACCGUCGGUAACAACCGCCACUAACCCACAACCCAUUUCAAUUCCACCAGCAGCGUCUCCCUCACCGGAAUCUUUAUCCACUGAAAAGAAUCAACCUUCACAUUUCAAUUAUCGGUCAAAUCUUGAAAAUCCCAGAUCGAUACCCACAAUGACAACUACCACCACUGUCUACGGCGCCGCCGGCAACAAUCAAGAAGCAUUGCCGUCUUCCUUUACCCAAUUUAACUCUGCCCUCACUGCCGGACUUUUAAAUCCCGUAUCGUCGCCACCACCGACCACCGAUAAAACCCGAUCCAGCCCCACCCUUUUCGAAAUGAUGGCUAACGAACCCGAUUCUAAGAUCCCCAACAAUGGUUCAAUUACAACUCCAAAAAGACCCAGUAAUGGCCAUGUGAUCCCACCGCCGAUGAUAAUUGACAAGCAAAUUUUGAUGCAACAAAGACUGUCUGAUAUUCUGUCCUGUCGUAGCCCCGGAAAUCAGUUCAAUGAUCCAAAUUCGAGUGAUGUGAAACUCACUUUGAGCUCCAAAGAUGGGUUUAGUGUUUCUAUGAAUGUUCAUCGGCAGAUCUUAGUUGUUCACAGUCGUUUUUUCGCAGAUAAGCUAUCUGAUUAUCGUCGGAAAUCGGGUCUACAAGGGCAACAAUUAAAAGGUUUAAUUGAUAAUGUUAAUCCGUUCGUUGUUGAGAUUUCUGAUUGUGAUGAUAUCGAGGUGUACAUAGAGUCGAUUAGGUUGAUGUAUUGUAAAGAUUUAAGGAGGAAGCUGAUGAAGGAUGAUGUUCCUAGGGUUCUUGGUAUCUUGAAGGUAUCAGCAGCAAUCGGAUUCGAUGCUGGAGUUUUAUCUUGUUUGGAGUACUUAGAAGCUGCUCCAUGGGCCGAGGAUGAAGAAGAAAAGGUUGCAGCUUUAUUAUCUGAGCUCAGGCUUGAAGGAGUCGGCGCAGGUGAAGUUUUAAAAAGGGUUUCCAUAGAUGUUACACCUGGAGAAGAUGACACCAACGACAACCAAGAAGUACUUCUUAAGCUUUUACACGUUGUUCUAGAAGGAAAAGAUGAAAAAGCAAGAAGAGAGAUGAAAGUUUUGGUCUCAAAAAUGCUUCAUGAAAAUUCAUCAAGAAACGAUUUGAAGAAAGAAUCUUUGUAUUCGGCUUGUGAUAAAUGUCUAAAUUUGUUACGACACCAUUUCUUGAAAGCGUCUAAAGGAGACUUUGAAGAAGUGGCUCAAAUCACACGACAAUCGGGUAACCUACAUUGGCUUCUUGAUAUUUUAAUCGAUAGACAAAUAUCCGAAGAUUUUUUAAAGAUAUGGGGAUCACAGACUGAAUUAUCUCAAGUGCAUUCCAAAGUGCCUGCCCUUCAUAGAUACGAAAUCAGUAGAGUUACAGCAAGAUUCUUUGUUGGGAUUGGAAAAGGUCAACUCUUGGCUUCCAAAGAGUCAAGAUGCUUGCUUUUACAAACAUGGUUGGUACCUUUUUAUGAUGAUUUUGCUUGGAUGAGGAGAGGGUUGAAAGGGCUAGAUCGUAAUUUAGUUGAAGAUGGGUUGAGCAAUACUAUAUUGACUUUGCCUCUUGCUUGGCAACAAGAAAUCUUGAUGUCCUGGUUUGACCGGUUUUUAAACUCGGGUGAUGAUUGCCCGAAUAUACAAAGAGGGUUUGAAGUUUGGUGGAAAAGAGCGUUUUGGAGAAAGCCCCACACAUGAUUGCUCAACCAUGGUGUGUUUGUUUAAUUUCUUUUUUCAUAUAGCAACUAAUGUCAUUGCUAUCUCAAUCGAUUUUGCAUUUUUUUCACUUAAUUUAUAUCUGAUACGGGUCUUGAAUCUUGAUGAGUAUCUUAAUGGUAAGUAGGUGAAAAAUCCAUGAGAAAUCUCUGUUAUAUUGUGAUUUACCUUUCUAAUAUUGGCCGGGGGACCGUUGAUGGUGUAUACCUUUAUAUAAAUACAAGAAGUUACAAUUUUUUUUUUCUUA